GGAAAUGUAUCUGGAUUUCAGAAGAAGGCGAUGGAAGCCUGUAAUUGAGGGGAGCUGUCCUUAUGUUCCUAGUUCGGGAGAAAUUGAGGCCGAAGAAAGGUCGAGCGAGCUGCGGAAGGAGAGCGGAGUGGCUGUGAUCGCUCUCCUCCACAACUUGCAGGGCAGACAGGACUUUGUCUCUGGGAGCGAGCAAAAUACUCCGAGGAAGGAAGGAAGGGAGGAAUGAGAGCAGCAGCCGAGAGACUUCUCGGCCACAGGAAUUCAGAGGGCGGGAGUCGUGUCUACACGAGACCCUGAGAGCACACGUGGGUCGAUGCCUGGCACCGCAACCGCUGUGUGAUCGAGCCGGCAAAGGCGACUUCUGUCCGCAUUGCGCCCGCUCGCUGUGGGGAGUGCGUGCCUCGCCUCCAUUCUUCGAUUGCAGACCUCUCGCAGUCAGUUCAGAGCCUCGACGUCGCCCGCACCCGAAUGCAUGAUCGUCCUCUAUUGACCCACGUUCAUUGGCUCAGAGCCAGGUAUUGUGCCACGUCCAUUCUCGAGCGAUCUCUCGUUUCGUCUAUUCUGCGAAAGUCCAUCCUUUGCGUUCCGAGCUUUUGGACUCGCUCUGCUCAUUGUCAUCCUCUCGUUCUGGGUCAGCAUCGGCGAUCAGUUGUCUCGGCAAUUUGGUUUGGUGUCAUCUCAUUCCCUUCUGGGACUCCCCCUCCAGCGGACGGGAAGCCAUUAAUAAUUUCUGUGUUCGAGCACAUCUUGACCUCUCCAUUACAAUCCCAAGUUUGUGGCAAGGGUGAGCAUUGUCUACCGGUAUUCACGGCGAAUGGCUUUAUGACUACGUGAGUACCGCUUCCCGAUUUCAAAAGAAAAUCUUGGUCGCUAUUCGCAAGUACCGCUUUAAACCAAGCAAUUUCCUUCACUUUGAAAUAUAAUUAGUUUCGUUCACUUGCC